AUGACAUGCUCCAAUCCAGACUGUGAGCUUCAAGCUACACCGGCCACCAACCCCAAGAAGCUUGCCAAAAGUGUAGAUUCGCCAUGUACUAUAUCUGGAUGUGAUGGUCAUCAAAUACACAUUGGAUGUCAUGCUCGUUGUCGAAUUGAUCAGGAAGUUGAUGAGAAGGACCCCGACUCUACUGCUACUUGGUCAUUAUUGCGUCAUCAAGGAAUCCACCAUCAUCCAUGGCCAGACUCGAAGAAAGCGGACCCUAUCUCAAAAGAAAAGCUGAAAGAUAGAAUUAUUCAAGACCCAAAGACAGGACCUACGUCUUUGAAGAACGUCUGUGGUACAGGGUACUUGCGCCGAGAUAUCCUAAUAACCAACGGUUUGAUGAGUGAUAAGAAUGACCCCGAAGGCGCCGAUAAAUGGCUUUUAGCAAUUGUUCAUUGGGCAAGGGCAUGCGAAUGGUAUAAAAAGAAACCCAAACCUUACACUGGUGGCCUUCUCUCUGAUGUCACCUAUCAAUUUUUCGAAAACGGCUACCUCUUGACAACAUCGAUGUACAACGACAAGAUUGAAAGAUGGGUUCCUGUCCUGCAAACUUGGCUCCACAAACUUAGCAGGAGUCACUACAAGGCCCAUUUUGUGACUUUAUUACGACAAAUUCAACAAUCCUCCCUCUCUGAGAAAGACAAGGGCCUCUUGUGUGAACAAGUUGUCGACUUCUCACAAGCUCAAAAAGUGGGCUUCAUAGACGCUUACAUGGAAGUUUUCAAUGUCUACGAUUGCGUCUACGAUUGCAACAUCGCACUUUUGAAGCUACACGGUUGCGAGCAACACUUUUUGCAGGCAAUAAACCGCAUCAAGAAGAAUUCCUCAAUAGUUAAGCCACAUUUAAAGGGACUUUGGGUUACGAAAUCCGCCAAAAGAUGGAUUGCCUGGUGGCAAACAGCUGACACUCAAGCGAUGUUAUUUCCAGCUUGGAAACAAAUGGAUCUAGAUGAUCCUCCUUUGGACAGAGAGGAAGUGGAAUCUGAUCCAAAAGGCAAGUGCGGCAAGAAGAAUAAGAAGAAUAAACCACAACGUAGAGCUGAAUUGCCAUCGACUACCAACGCGCAGGAGUCAAUGCAUUGCGUCUAUUAUAUGCUCUGGGCAAAUGUACAAUGA